UGUAAGUUUCUCACUUUAAAUACUUGCAGAAGAAUCGUUGAAAACGUACUGAACUCGGGAGGGAAGCUCCGAAUCCGAUACAUCUUGCUGAUAUAUCGCUGCAUUUUGUAUCGGUGGAGGCCUUUUUUAUUUUCAUCUCACCCUCCUAGCAAGCUAUACAUAGCAAGCAAAGAGUUCUUUUCUUUGUUUCUUUCUUCUCGAGUCGCUCUAAGUUAUCAGCGAAAUUAAAGGGAUUCUGGUUGCGGCAGUGAAGAGAAAAUUGAUUACAUGAAGAUUUGUUAGAAGAUUUUAUGGUAUCGUCUUACAAUCUGUUUAAAAGGGAAAGGAAGAUUCAAGUUUAUUUGGAAGGAGGCGAGCAGUAGAGGGAUAUAAAAGCAAGUGAUUAAGUUAAGCAUAUAUCUAACUGGAAACAAAGGACUGCUCGAGAUUUAUGAAGGAUCAGUACAUGGUGUAAAGCAGACAGCUAAGAGAGAAACAGGAACAGCAAACAGCAGCGGCAGCAGUUGAGUGUUGAGUGUUUUGUUUCGGGGUAAUCUUUGCUUUAGGGAUAAGAAGAAGGAGAAGAAGAGAAAAUGUUUACGUGCAUAGCGUGUACCAAGCCGGUGGCAGAGGAUGGACGAGGAGAAGAAGGAGGAGCGCGUGGAAGUGGUACCCCAAGUACAAAAGAAGCCGUCAAGAGCCUCACUUCACAGAUCAAGGACAUGGCACUGAAAAUGUCUGGUGCUUACAAGCAAUGCAAGCCCUGCACAAGUCCCAGCAGCUACAAGAAAGGACAGCGACCUUACCCUGACUUUGAUGCAGCUUCAGAAGGGGUUCCAUACCCCUAUUUUGGAGGUGGAAGCUCAAGCUCAACCCCAGCCUGGGACUUUACUACUCCCAAACACAAUCGAGGUACUAGAGCUGAAUCUAGGUUUUCUACAUUGUAUGGUGGAGACCGGACCCCUGGAGGAGCAGAGUCUUGUGAUGUGGUGCUGGAGGAUGAGGAUGAGCCCAAGGAAUGGAUGGCACAGGUGGAGCCAGGUGUUCACAUUACUUUCGUGUCUCUCCCUAAUGGGGGAAAUGAUCUAAAGCGUAUUCGCUUCAGCCGAGAGAUGUUUAAUAAGUGGCAAGCUCAGCUAUGGUGGGGUGAGAACUAUGACAGAAUCACGGAGCUCUAUAAUGUCCAGAGAUUUAAUCGUCAAGCUCUUCACACUCCCCCGAGGUGUGAGGAUGAGCAAAGAGAUUCCUCCUACUCAAGGAUGGAAUCUGCAAGGGAAAGCCCUAUGGCUCCAUCUUUUACCCCAAGAAACUACUAUAAACCUGCUGGAAGUAAAGGUUAUUUCCCAUCUGAUACUAUGGACCAAGGUGGCAGCCAUCACUACCACGCUGGUUCAAGUAGCUAUGGUAUGGGGGGGCCAAGAUUCGAGGCAUCUUCUUUAGAGGCAUCACGGACAACUACAUCAUCUAGAGAUGAGCCUUCUAUUUCAGUUAGCAAUGCCAGUGACCUGGAGACAGAAUGGGUUGAGCAAGAUGAGCCAGGGGUUUACAUCACAAUCAGACAAUUAGCCGAUGGCACUAGGGAGCUCAGGCGUGUCAGAUUCAGCCGCGAACAAUUCGGAGAAGUGCACGCGAAGACAUGGUGGGAACAGAAUAGAGAAAGAAUACAAGCUCAGUACCUAUAAAGCAUGGUUUCCCACCACCCAAAUUGCUGUCUAGUAAAGGAUUGAUGGUGCAGCUGGAUAUCCUUCCCCCCCAAAAGCAAAACAAAACCCAUUCAGUUUCGUUUUUCAAGGUCUCUACAGAAAAUGGACUUGCCACCACCUUGGAUGGUCACACCACUGAACUGACGGUAUUUCUUCAUUCUAAGGGCCGAAUUAUGUCUUACCAUCACUUGUGGUGAUGAAUCCAUUUUUCGUGAUGGUAUAUUUCCCCUGGAAUGUCCUAACGUGUCCAAUUUUUGUCUCUAUUGUUUGUCCCGGUCACAAUUUUAUUACAACUAUUUUUUUAGGGCCUCUGGUUUUUCCCUCCCGAAGACAUGUAUUAGUCUUCAUGCUUUUCUGGGGUUGUUUGGCUCGUAAUUUACUUAUUAUCAGAGCUUGUCCUCUGCAACACACUGUUUUUAUAAAGAAAGGAAUUGAAUGAUAUCAUUUAUUGUUAUAAA